AUGAAUGAAGAAAAUUCUAUUAAAAAUAUCAAUAUUAAUCAUAAAUCAAUAACCGAACAUGUUAAUAAUCAUUUAUUAUCAAAUGAAUUAUCAUUAGAAUUAUUACAUCAUAUUAUAAAUUAUUAUAUAAAACAAAAUUAUUCUAAAAAUAAUAUUGAUUUUAUUCAAUUUAUUAUAUCUAAUUGGAAUAUAUUCAAUGAACAAUAUAAAUUAAUCAUUAUAAAAACUUUAUUAAAUUAUAUUAAAUUAUCUACAUCAAAUGAUAAUUUAUCAAUGAUAUAUGAUCAAUUAAUGAAUCAUAAUUCAAUAAAUAUCAAUACUAUUAAUAAUGAUCAAGAUUGGUCUAAUCUAUGUACAUUGAAUCAUUAUGAAGAUAAUUAUAAUGAUAAUAAAGAUGUUUAUCAUAUAACUACUAAUAAUGAACCUAUUCAUAAUAAUAAUAAUAAUAAUAAUAAUAAUAAUAAUCAUUCAGUAUUGAAUAUAGAAUCACAAUCAAUUGAAGGGAAUAUGGAUCGUAUAAUGAGAAAUUUACAAGUUAAUAAUAAUAAUAAUAAUAAUAAUAAUAAUAAUAAUAAUAAUUCAUGUUUAUUCCCAUCGAAACCACCAUAUUCUUAUAUUGCAUUAAUUGCUAUGGCAAUAAAAUAUGCACCAGGACAAAAAAUCACUUUAAAUGGAAUUUAUCGAUUUAUCAUGGAACAUUUUCCAUAUUAUCGUGAUAAUCGUCAAGGUUGGCAAAAUUCCAUAAGACAUAAUCUUAGUUUAAAUGAUUGUUUUAUUAAAUUACCACGUGAUAAAAGUCGACCAGGAAAAGGGAAUUAUUGGACAUUGUCUACGAAUGCCGAUGAAAUGUUUGAACAUGGAAAUUAUCGACGCCGAAAACGACGUACAAAAUCUACAUUCAUUACACCAUCCUCUUCAUCAUUAUCAUCAUCAUCAUCAUCAUCACCACCACUCUUAUCAUCAUCAACAGGGUCAAAUUUGUCAACGUCAGUAUAUACGGCAACAACAUCAGACAAUGCAUCAUUAUCAUCGAUAUCGAAACUAGCAAAAUUUAUGAAAUUAUCUAAUGAAUCUCAAAUACCAACAGAAUCCGAUAUUUAUUCGUCUACUUCUUCUUUUUCUUCCUCUUCUCCUUCAUCUUCUUGUUCCAUAUCAUCAUUCACUUCUGCAUCUGUCUCUGCUACCUCCUCCUCCGCUUCUUCUUCUUCUUCUAUUUCAUUUUCAUCAUCAAAAGAAUCUUAUUCAUCAAGAAUUAUAAAUGAUCCAAGUAUACAAUAUUCAUCAUUGUCUCAAUGUUUCUAUACACCACAGAUGUAUAAAUCAUCGUCAUCAUCAGUCAAUAUAAUAGACGAUUGUAUAUAUUCUAAACAUCGUUAUUAUUUAGAUAAUCCUUCGACAAAUCCAUUUUUACAUAAUAAAUUCAAUAUAAAUGAUCAACAUUCAACAUUAUGGCCUACUCAUCAUAAUAAUAUACAUGAUUGUGAACAUCAACAAUUAACAAUGCAGAACAAUAAUAAUAAUACUCCAUUAAAUAUGGAUUUAUAUACAACUAGUUUCAAUGAUAAUAACAUAAUGAAUCAAAAUAAAUUAUUAUCUAAUAGAAAUCAAUUCGUCACUGAAUAUUAUUCAUCGACGACAACAGCGUCAUCAUCAUCAUCAUCGUCGUCGUUGUCAUCAUCAACAUUAUCAUCACCAUUCAACAACUGUUUACAUUCAUCUACAUCUAAUAAUAAUGAUAAUAAUACAAGUAAUAGUAAUGGUAAUAAUAAUCAUAAUAAUCUCUUCAAUUGUCUGCCAAAUUUUUCCAUUCAAUCAAUAAUUGGCAGUAAUACUGUAGAUAAACAAAGUAUACAGUUAAAUGUUCAAUAA